GCGGUGCCGGGUUACAUAGGGCGGGGUACAGCGUGUCCUUGGGCGCAGACGGAGCGGGAGGUGUCGGCAGCGCGGUCAAGGUGUCUGAGGGCGCAGCGGCACAGCCGGGCAGGCAGWACUGACAAUGGGAGACGUUGAGAAAGGCAAGAAGAUCUUUGUCCAGAAAUGCUCCCAGUGCCAUACGGUUGAAAAGGGAGGCAAGCAUAAGACUGGACCCAACUUGAACGGCCUAUUCGGACGUAAGACCGGACAAGCUGAGGGCUUCUCUUACACGGAUGCUAAUAAGAACAAAGGUAUCACCUGGGGUGAGGAUACUCUGAUGGAGUAUUUGGAAAAUCCAAAGAAGUAUAUUCCCGGAACAAAGAUGAUUUUUGCGGGUAUUAAGAAGAAGAACGAGAGAGCAGACUUAAUAGCGUACCUCAAAGUUGCCACUGCAAAGUAAAAGUUAUCUGCUGCCUUAUUUAUUUCACAAAGGAGAUGGCAAUGGAAAUGUCUGUGAUGAGAUUGGUUUUUAAACUUUCUAUUUUUACAUGUACUGUGUCUAACCUUAAAAUCUAUCUCACCCAUCAGAUAACUUUGCUCACGGUGGGUCACUGGAGAACACUUGUCUGGCAGCGGUUAACUUAACAAAGACUAUGUAAYUGGGUUCAGUCGUCCUUGAUCAUAAAAAUUAAAAAAAAAUAAAUAAACA